AUAAUUGUUGCCCAAAUCUCUCUCUCCUUCUCUCUCCCUCUAUUUAAUCCAAACUGAAAAACAGUCUUCCCCAUCAAACUCACUACAAAGCCAAACACAAAAAAAAAGCCCAAUAAAUUAAAAUUAAAAUUAAAAAUUUCCUUUCCUCCGCCGUCCUCACACGGUGGCCGCCCGUCGCCAUGGCAAACUCUCAGAUCUACUUCACACUCACCACCCUUGUCCUCCUUGUAGCCAUCAUUUUUCCCACUCACGCCCACGAAGACGCCGCCGCAGGCGAUAGAAUCUCCGCCCUUCCCGGGCAGCCGGAGGUGUCUUUCGAGCAGUUCUCCGGCUACGUCACCGUGAACCGGGCCGCCGGUCGAGCCCUCUUCUAUUGGCUCACUGAAGCCUCUCUUCAACCCCUCUCCAAGCCCCUCGUCGUUUGGCUCAACGGAGGUCCCGGUUGCUCCUCCAUAGCUUAUGGAGCUUCGGAAGAGAUUGGUCCCUUUAGAAUCAACAAGACGGCCUCCGGCUUAGUACCCAACAAGUUUUCUUGGAACUCCCUCGCCAACCUCCUCUUCCUCGAAACUCCUGCCGGCGUCGGGUUCUCGUACACCAAUUGCUCCUCCGACCUACUCGACACCGGUGACCGUCGUACUGCGAAGGACUCUUUGGAAUUCCUUGUUCGAUGGCUCGACCGUUUCCCCCGGUAUAAAACCCGUGAUGUUUUUCUAACAGGAGAAAGCUAUGCUGGUCACUAUGUUCCCCAGCUUGCCAGAGAAAUCUUGGCCUACAAUGCAAAGUCCUCCCACCCCAUCCAUCUCAAGGGAAUCAUGGUGGGCAACGCAGUAACAGACAACUACUAUGAUAACUUAGGGACGGUAACUUACUGGUGGAGCCACGCCAUGAUCUCGGAUAAGACGUACCAUGAGCUUAUUAACACCUGUGAUUUUAGUCGACAAAAGGAAUCGAAUGAAUGUGAGUCCUUGUACACCUAUGCUAUGGAUAAAGAGUUUGGUAAUAUUGAUCAGUACAACAUUUAUGCACCUCCUUGCAACAACUCGGAUGGUAGCCUUGCAACCCGCCAGAGUACUAUGCGACUGCCUCACCGUCCUCACCGGGCAUUCAGGCAAAUGGCGGGCUACGAUCCUUGUACCGAGAAAUAUGCAGAAAUAUACUACAAUCGACCAGAUGUACAAAAAGCUCUUCAUGCCAACAUAACAAAAAUUCCAUACAGAUGGACUGCUUGCAGCGAACUUUUGAACCGAAAUUGGAACGACACCGAUGUAUCAAUACUUCCAAUUUACAGGGAGUUGAUAUCAAGUGGCAUGAGAGUUUGGGUUUUCAGUGGAGAUGUGGACUCAGUGGUGCCUGUAACAGCAACAAGAUAUUCCAUUUCACAGCUAAAAUUAACAACAAAAGUUCCAUGGUAUCCAUGGUAUGUCAAAAACCAGGUGGGAGGUUGGACAGAGGUAUAUGAAGGGCUUACCUUUGCAACAGUGAGAGGAGCAGGGCAUGAAGUUCCAUUGUUCAAACCAAGAGCUGCUCUUCAGCUUUUCAAAUCAUUCCUCAAAGGGGAACCCUUACCAAAAUCUUGAAACCCCAUUUUCAAUUUUUCUAUUUAGAACAAAGAAAUUGCUUUAUUCUUUGAAACUGUAGCAAAGUUUGGGAUUGGGGGGGGGGGGGGGGGGGGGGGGGAAGGAUAGGAGAAAUUUAAGUGAAUAGUAGAAAAGAGGCAUAGUUGAAUGAAAGAAGGGAUUAUUAUGUAAUUGUGCAUUUCUUUUACGCCAUUAUUCUAAAUGUGACAAAUGGCCAUUGGGUAAGCUUAACACUUGAAUCUGUGAA